AUGUGUUGUGGUACUGCGCCCUGCUGUAAUUGUUGUGGUAUGGCAAAUUGUGGUUUUAAUUUCACCGGAAUAUUGGAGGCUUUAUCAAGUUCAACUACACCAUCGGUAUUAGUAACAGCUACACCAACAACAAUACAAAUGAGCCCAGUAACUAAAUCAACGACAGUCCCAACAAUAUGUUUAAUGUGCUGUGGUCCUCCACCUUGUUGUAAUACGUGCGGACUAAAUUUGAUUAAUUCAUAA